AUGGCGUCGCCGCGCGCCGCCCUGGCGCUGCUGCUCGCCGCCGCGCUGAGCGGCCUCGCGGGCAGGGCCGCGGCUGCUCGGGUGAGCCCGGGCCUCGAGGGCGGCGAGGUCGAGGAGGCGCAGGCGAACGCCACCCUGCAGGCGACCCCAGCGGUGGACGCCGAGGCCCUGUUGGAGGAUCCCGAGGGCGGGGCGCUCCUGGACCGCCUGACCCCCGUCAGCAACGAGCCCACCGCGUACAGGGGCUACGUCAAGGAGAUCUCGCAGGCCAUCGUCAACCACGACGAGGGUGCUCUCGCUGUCGCAGACUACGACGGGUCGGACAACAAGGUUCGCGACGGAACCAUCCUCUUCAACAUGGUCGGCACCUGCCCGUCCGGUUGGCUGUGCGGCGACCAGGCGGUGACCGUCUCGGACUUCGGAGGCAACGUGAUGGCCUACUGGAGCAAGCCGCACCCGGAGAUCAAGCAGUGCACGCGGGACCGUCACGUCAAGAAAGGCAAAUGCAAGAACGAUUCGGGCCAGUUCGGCGCCAUGGAGAAGCUCUUCAGGGGAGGGGGCGACUACUAUGUCGACUCGGCCACGAAGCGCGCGGUGGUCAAUAAGGACGGGGCACUGAUGUAUGUCUACCUGGUCUACGCGACUACAUGGAGCACCUGGUCUGGCACCAUGGACGGGUGGUUGCUGUUCCAGAAGGACCCGAAUGCUAAGGAGUUCUUCCGCAUCCAGUUCCAGUCCGGCAAGGACGCAAAGUUCAAUUUCAGGGGCGGGCCCAGGAAGCUGAGCAGCUUCUGGCCCGCGAAGUGGGAGAUGGACCUCCCGUGA